UCUCGCGAGAUCCGGGCAGCCGAGCGCUCGGGGCCUUUUCAAAUCGGGAUCCGUUACCGCUUCCCCUGCCGCCGCCAUUGUCGCGCUCGGAGCCCCCCUCAGCGCAGGUGGCAGAGGCAGCGGCGGGAUGGCGGAGACGGACAAGCUCGAAGUGCCCGGGGCCGCCGGCGACAACACCCCGCGUCAGCAGCCGUCGCCCCCGGAGCUGCAGGAGGAGUCGGGUCAGGAACAGCUACAGCCACAGCAGGAGCUGGAGAAGCAGCAGCCGCCACACGGAGGCAACUCCAAUGGCGUUAAAAUGGAGAAUGAUGACUCUGUAAAAGAAGAGAAAUCUGACUUAAAAGAAAAAUCUACAGGAAAUAAGAAGGCAAAUAGAUUCCAUCCUUAUUCAAAAGACAAGAAUUCGGGCACUGGGGAAAAGAAGGGUCCUAACCGUAACAGAGUUUUUAUUAGCAACAUCCCAUAUGACAUGAAGUGGCAAGCUAUAAAAGAUCUUAUGAGAGAAAAAGUUGGUGAGGUUACAUACGUGGAGCUCUUUAAGGAUUCGGAAGGAAAAUCAAGGGGUUGUGGUGUGGUUGAAUUCAAAGAUGAAGAAUUUGUAAAGAAAGCAUUAGAAACUAUGAACAAAUAUGAUCUUAGUGGAAGACCCCUGAAUAUUAAAGAGGAUCCUGAUGGAGAAAAUGCUCGUAGGGCACUGCAACGUACAGGAGGAUCAUUUCCAGGAGGACAUGUCUCUGAUAUGGGUUCGGGGUUGAUGAAUUUACCACCUUCCAUUCUCAAUAAUCCAAAUAUUCCUCCUGAGGUUAUCAGUAAUUUGCAGUCUGGUAGACUUGGUUCUACAAUUUUUGUGGCUAAUCUUGACUUCAAAGUUGGUUGGAAGAAGCUAAAGGAGGUGUUCAGCAUAGCUGGAACAGUAAAACGGGCAGAUAUUAAAGAAGACAAAGAUGGCAAGAGCAGAGGAAUGGGCACAGUCACUUUUGAUCAAGCAAUUGAAGCAGUUCAAGCAAUCUCUAUGUUCAAUGGACAGUUUUUAUUUGAUAGACCUAUGCAUGUGAAAAUGGAUGACAAAUCAGUCCCUCAUGAAGACUAUCGAUCACAUGAUAGUAAGACACCUCAAUUGCCCCGUGGUCUUGGAGGCAUUGGAAUGGGGCUUGGACCAGGUGGGCAGCCCAUUAGUGCCAAUCAGUUGAACAUGGGAGGUGGAAUGGGAAACAUAGGACCAGGAAGUAUGGGAAUGGAUGGUCCUGGUUUUGGAGGAAUGAAUAGAAUGGGAGGAGGAGUUGGGUUUGGUGGCAUGGAAACAAUGAAUAGCAUGGGAGGAUUUGGAGGAAUUAGCCGAAUGGGAGGAAUGGGUGCUAUAGAUGACUUCAGAGGGAGCAUGGGCAGUGGAAUGAGUGGAGGGAUAGGGACUGGCAUGGCAGGAAUGGGAACUGGUAUGGGCGGCCUGGGAAGCAGCAUGGGAGGUAAGUUAGAAUUAUAUCGUGGUGGAAUGGCUAGUAGCAUGGAAAGAGACUUUGGACGUGGUGACGUUGGAAUGAAUCGAGGCUUCGGGGAUUCUUUUGGUAGAAUUGGUGGUGCAAUGAUUGGAGGUUUUGCAGGAGGAAUGGGAGCUUCUAACAUGGGUCCAGUAGGAUCUGGCAUGAAAACUCCCAAAUCUUCUUCUCCCUCCGUAAAAACCCCAGGUGGUGGAAUGGGUGGUAUGAACAGCAUGACUGGAGGAAUAGGGAUGGGCCUUGACCGGAUGAGCUCCAGCUUUGAUAGAAUGGGACCUAGUAUGGGAGCUGUACUGGAAAGAAGCAUCGACAUGGAUCGAGGAUUUGUGUCCGGCCCAAUGGGAAGUGGAAUGAGAGACAGAAUAGGCUCCAAAGGAAACCAGAUAUUUGUCAGAAAUCUGCCUUUUGACUUGACUUGGCAGAAACUAAAAGAGAAAUUCAGUCAGUGUGGUCAUGUAAUGUUUGCUGAAAUAAAAAUGGAGAAUGGAAAGUCAAAAGGCUGUGGAACAGUCAGAUUUGACUCACCAGAAUCAGCUGAAAAGGCCUGUAGAAUAAUGAAUGGCAUAAAAAUCAGUGGCAGAGAAAUUGACGUACGCCUGGAUCGUAAUGCAUAAUUUCAAACUACAUUCAGAACA